AUUUGUACUUAAGUAUAUAACUAAAUAUAUUUUCUUAAGUAAACAUACAAUUUACUGCUUUUUAUAAAGAGGUAGAAUAACAGUGAGCAGGUAUGAGUUCAGUCUAUUGGUCUGGCCCUCAACAACAGUCCCUCAGUGUUUCUCAUGUGGCCCCUUGGGAAAAAUAAUUGCCCACCCCUGCUAUAGGCUAACUUCUUACUCUUCCAUCUUUUGAUUAAAUUGUUUUUUCUGGAUUAGUUUAGAGGCUGUUAUGUUACAAAGACCAUCACACAUUGGGCGACUCACUGGGUUAAGAGGGUUGUCUGGUAACCGCAAGGUCAACGGUUCGAUCCUUGACUAGGACGUGUCAUGUGUCCCUGAGUAAGACACUGAAACCCUAACAGCUCCCCGGGCGCCUGUCAUUGGCAGAUCACCCAUUCCUAUAUACAGGGAUGGGUCAAAUGCAGUGACAACUUUCCCCUUUAAGUAUAAUAAAUUUAAUAAAAAGAAAUAAAUAAAAGAAAUUAAAUUCUUCCCAUAGGCAUACAUUCAAAAUCAUAUUUGCGGUCAAAAUGUUUGGAGCUCAAGCCCCAACGAUGGAGGAACCUUCCAGUCGUGGAAGAAAAUCGCCAUGUUUGUAAAUUGUUGGUAUACUUAACAACUUAACCUCCUUUUAUCACAUAGUUUUACCUCCUUAAAGAGCUUCUAUCAUCAAGAGAAGUUAAUUAGCCUGGUUUUUAAUUCAUUUUCGUGUCCCAUGAUGGCCUGAAUCUGUUAGCCUUAAAACUGAAAAGAAUGAAGCAAUAAAACUGAAGUUUAAAAAUAUUGAUGAUUAGCACAAAAUAUGAGCUAUUAAAAAUAUGCUCAAUGUUUUCAUGCAAGACAAAAAGUUUUUUAAUAUUACUAGACAUAUUUCUUAUGUAUCAAGUAAGGCUUCUGUAAUUACUUUAUCUUAAUUAAUGAUUGUGGUGGAUAUGUUUUCUGUCUUUUUGUGAAUUUAACAUACACCAGCUGACCUUAGUUCCUUGACUUCCUGCUACUCCUUUGUUUCUGAUUCAGCUGGCAAGCUAAAAGUGCGUCAGCCUGAUUAAAAUAUAACUUCCUCUUCAUCUUCAACAGCCUUGAAGGCAUUAACCUCAUUGCAUGAAUGUCUCAUACUCUGCCUCACCUACUUUCUAGGUUGAGACAUAUGGUUUGAUGGCACUGACUAAUAAUUAAUUUAACCGGACAACGGAAAUUACUUUGGAGAAGAUAAGCCAGUCCAUUGUUAUGCAUGAGAUGGAGAUCAUGAACAAAAGACAAUUAUGUCAAAAAAGUGCAAAAUUGUACUGCCAAAAAUUAUUCAGGAUCAAACAACUGCAGAGAAGGAUGUGUCAUAAUGUGACCGUGGAACUGUGUCUCACACAUAUUUUCAUUCCUAAUGCAAUUUUCCUUCAACUUACCUACUUUGAGACUCAAGUACACGUGACAGUGUGUCAUUUUCUUCCAUGCUAAUCACUGUUGCAGUUUUUGCAAUGUUUUGACUUCUAAGUGUCUUGGGUUACAACUGACAUCUCAGUCAAAGAAUGAAGUUGUUUCAACAUCAUCAUUUCAACGUACAGUCAGGACCUUCUACAGACCGAAGCUAAUUCAUACUAUUUAGUCAAUUUCAUGUUUAGAAGUAUUUUGACCUGCAAAUCAGCCAAGUCAUUCUUAGUUUAUUCAGGUCAGAACCGACAGUUUGAAAGGUCUCAGUGUUCUUGUCAGAUUGUCUAACAGCACUUGAAACCCCUUUCAGAUGGCAGAUGCUAUGACCCUGAUUUUUUGUAACUUUUUUUAAGAGACAAUCACAGAGCUUGAGGUGAGAAGGUGUGUAAGUCGGCACACAUACAAUCAGUACAGUUUCUGCCCUUGAUAUCAAUAUAACUAGUUUAACUAAGAGGGGAGUUUUAGCAAUUCCUUCUUUUUUCAGUCUUUGUGUAACCUCCCACAAAUAUAAUUUGUGCACGUUUCAUUGAAAUAUUUAGAUUUUUUUCCAGUCACAUUUUCUACAAUAAAUUUGGAGUGGAAAUUUGGAUAAGUGUUUUCAAGCAAAGAUAUACAACCUUAGUGUUUGAAAUGAUUACUGAAUAUAAUUUCACAAGAUCAACAUUUUCUUGACCCGUAUUUGAGCGCAUAGUCAUCCUCUGGAGAGUGCUAACGUCCUCAGCAGAUUCCAUGGCAGUCUGCCUGUUGGACUUUGACAGUUCUUGUACAGAAGUGCCAUUUAUUAGCUUGCUAGAGAUGCUAUUAAAGAAAGUCAUUCUCUGCAGACCAUGAUUUUUUCCUACCUAAAUUGAUGGCAGUGUAGACAGUCAGGCCAUCCUCCACUGGCCCCACUGAUUAUUGUUUAGAAAUAUCAAUAGUGAUUAUCAUUUCUGGUUCCAAUGCACAUUUCCUACACGGUCAAUCUGAAGUGUUUCUCCCCUUUAACUCAAGCUGAGAUGUUCGAGCCCUGCGGUCACCCAGGAACACCGACCUAUGGGAUCCCCAGCUCCAACAAGCUCCACUUCCAGGCUGGAGAGACUCUCCACUACUCCUGUCUGACCGGCCACCUGCUGCUGGGUGAGCCUUUUCUCCACUGUGUCCCUGGACACCCAUCCCAGUGGAGUGGGCUGCCACCUGUCUGCAAAGCACAUCCGGCGGAGUAUGAUGAGCACAGAUUCGAUGUGUCUACUGCAGACCUAAGAAUGGAGGUGGCCCAAGUAGCAUUUGCUGUCUUCAUCCCCAUCAUCCUCCUCCUCAUCCUCAUCAUUGGAAUCUACCUCUACUUCUCAAAGGUUCAGAAGAAGUUACUGCAGUCCAACUUACCAUAUGAAAACAUCACUGGAGAAUCUAUGUUCGACAACUCAGUUUAUGAGACAGUGAGUCAACUUUGUUUGCUCAUGUGUGUUUGACUGGGCCUGGUGCAGGGUCUUCUGUCUGCUGCAUUAUUCUACAGGCUUUUUGUCUAUCUCCAGUGUUCCCCUGCUCCUCAUUGCUUCUCUCUCCCAAUACCCAUCAUCACCGGACCCUUGGUUUGAGACCAAGGAAGGUCUUUCAAGACAAAAAAUAAGAGUAGUGGCUAAAAUGCCAAACUUGAGGCUUCAAAACCAUAGUCCACAUACAAAUUGGUGACGUUGCGGUGAUUACGAUCACUUCAUAUACACAGUCUAUGAGUAGAACCCACUUAAAGGCCCUUCAUUUCAGUUGUAAUUUAUUGGUGUGUAUUUCUAAAUUACAAUUAAAUUAGCAUAGAUGAGUUGGCACACAUAAGCCAACUCAUCUGGAAUAUCCAGGGGUAUAUCCAGGGUUCCAUCUGGAAUAUCCAGGGUUCCAGGGCCCUGGAUAUUACCAACCAGACAGAGUGGGCAAUUGCCCCAGGCCAAUAUGUAGUUAGGGUUUAAUAAAUAGGGUUGAGUUUAGGGUCCUGCAAUAUUCUGUGAUGUUGUGGCCCUGUCUUGUUGAUAUUGUCUGGUUCCCUCCUCUCAAAGUCAAUGGGUCAUUUGAAUGAGUUUACCUUAAAUCUUCUCAGGUAAAUAUCAGUGCAUGAUAUUUGACUGAGGAUCUCCAUAACUCCAACUAUUAUAAUUAGUGCUGGGCAAGUUAACGCAUUCAUAAAUACUACCACUAUCACAUACUACCUGCAUCUUGUGAACCAAAUGUUAUUGCCCUUUUGUUCAUAUAGCAGUACUUUUAAAAUAAAAGUGUGCAAUACACUACUUU